AUGUAUGUGAAAUGGUUUGAUACAGUAAUGUUUUACUAUGUGAUUUUAGUGUAUUGAGUGAAUGUCACCUUUUGACAUUUUUAAAUUUCCCACCAGUUCUGUCCCCAUACGUCCCGGCGCUCGCAGGGGACGGAACCCGGAAGACAGAUGCCAGCAUCGGCCAGAGGACAUUGCCGGGGACGCUGCAGGGGGGACAUCGCGAGAGCGUAGGACAAGGUAAGUGAAGAAGAGAUCCUGGAGCAACGCUGCAGGGUAUUCCCGAGUGUAGAUCGGGGUUACCGCUUGUGCUACACUCGGGAAUACCUCCAGGGAGGUUA